AUGUUUGCGCGCCCGCGUUUCGUACGCAAUGGCAUCAUCUUCACAGUAAUCCUCUUCGUCUUAUGGCGCUUCCAGGGCUCAUCGCCAGCACCAUCAACGGCAGAAUGGAGUUCGCUAAAGCACCGCAUGAAUGACGGCGCGUCGCAAAUCCAGUAUCCCGAGUCAAAGUCCAGCUUCGACUGGGGCGCCGUGAAGCUUCGCUACCUCCCCAACAACACCAUAGCACUGCCCAAGAAGAGUUCGCGGCCUCUUCCACGGAUCCAGCACCCCUUUGGACCCGAAUCAUCACCUGCGGCGCGGGAGCGGAGAGCGAGACUGAAGGAGGUGAAAAAGGUCGCUUUGCGGGCAUGGCAGGGGUAUAAGGAGCAUGCCUGGAUGCAAGACGCCCUGUUGCCGAUUUCAGGAGGCGGAAGAGAGCAAUUCUCGGGCUGGGCGGCCACGCUGGUUGAUUCGCUCGACACGCUUUGGAUUAUGGGACUGCGGGAGGAAUUCGACGAGGCAGUGGCUGCAGUGGCGGAUAUCGACUUUGGAAAUUCGACUAGCAACCGGAUCAACAUCUUUGAGACGAACAUCCGUUAUCUCGGCGGUUUGCUAGCAGCCUAUGAUUUGAGCGGCAGGGAACUGUUGCUCAAGAAGGCAGUAGAGCUGGGAGAUCUCAUCUAUGGCGGAUUCAACACCGAAAACGGCAUGCCCGUCGACUUCAUCAACUUCCUCGCCGCCAAAGAAGGAGGAGGACUGCAAGUCGAAGGUGGCGUCGUAUCGGCCUCGCCAGGAACGCUGUCUCUCGAGCUGGCACACUUGUCCCAGGUCACGGGGGACAUGAAAUACUACAGUGUCGUGGCGCAACUGAUGGAUGUGUUUUACCAGGGACAGAACCAGACCAUGGUGCCAGGAGUCUGGCCGAUGAACAUCAACAUGAACGCCAAAGACGUGGUCCAGGGGAGCACCUUUACGCUUGGCGGUUGCGCCGACUCUCUGUACGAGUAUCUGCCCAAGAUGCAUCAGCUGCUCGGAGGCGGCGAGCCCAAGUACGACAUCAUGUCCAGGACGUUUCUCAAGACGGCGAACCGGCACUUUUUGUUCCGUCCAAUGCUGCCCGACGAGGACGACAUUCUGAUAUCCGGCAACGUAAACAUCAACGCAAAAGGCCAGUCAGUGCUUGAUCCCGAAACGGAGCAUCUGGCCUGUUUUGUGGGUGGAAUGUUUGGCCUAGCAGGGCGGCUCUUCAGCAACGAAGACGACGUCGAGCGAGGCAUCAAGCUGACCAACGGUUGCGUCUACGCAUACCGCGCCUUUCCCACGGGCAUGAUGCCAGAAAGGCUCGAUUUCGCGCCGUGCAAGGACCGCGCUCAUUGCCCCUGGGACGAAGAGUACUGGAUGCUGGAGCGUGAUAAGCGCAACGAGUGGAAAGAGCACCUGCCAAAGGGCUUCACCACCGCCAAAGACCCGAGAUAUCUGCUGAGACCGGAAGCCAUCGAGAGCGUCUUUUACGCGUAUCGACUCACGGGACGGAAAGAAUUCCAGGAUGCCGGGUGGGACAUGUUUGAGGCCAUUGCAAAGGGCACCAAGACGGAGUAUGCGAAUGCCGCGGUGCUGGACGUGACGACGUUUGCGGAGAAGCCGCCUCAGGAGGACUAUAUGGAGAGUUUCUGGCUUGCCGAGACGCUCAAGUAUUUUUACCUCCUCUUCACAACGCCAGACAUCAUCAGCUUGGAUGACUAUGUAUUGAAUACCGAGGCCCAUCCUUUCAAGCUUGCGGAUUAA